GAAGAAGAAGCAAUGAAUCAAAUUAUUAAUGAAUAAUCCAGGUCUUUAAUUAUUAUUUUCUCGUUUCAAUUCAUUAAUGACUCAACCUUGUCUCCAGUCAGUUAAAAGUAACGGAAACGACCUAACCUCCGAUUCUCUCAUACGGAACCGUCACUAUGGCGGACAAACAGCUGAUCGUGGCCGUUGAAGGCACUGCCGCCAUGGGCCCUUUCUGGUCGAUCAUCGUUUCCGAUUACCUUGAAAAGAUUAUCAGGUGUUAUUGUGGUAAUGAAACGUCAGGCCAGAAGCCCCCUACUUCCAGUGCUGAGCUCGCUCUUGUCACGUUUAAUUCUCAUGGAUCAUAUUCUGCUUGCCUGGUACAACGUAGUGGCUGGACAAGAGAUGUUGACAUCUUCUUACACUGGCUAUCAGCCAUUCCUUUUGCUGGUGGCGGUUUCAAUGAUGCUGCAAUUGCAGAAGGGCUUUCUGAAGCUCUAAUGAUGUUCCCUAUUGCUCCAAAUGGAAACCAAACUCAACCAAAUAUAGAUGGGCAAAGAAAUUGUAUUCUUAUUGCUGCAAGUAACCCUCACCCAUUGCCCACUCCAGUCUAUCGUCCACAAAUACAAAAUUUGGAGCAGACUGAAAACAUCGAUGCACAGAAUGAAAGUCGUCUAUCUGAUGCAGAGACAGUUGCUAAAUCAUUUCCUCAGUGCUCGGUUUCUCUUUCAGUCAUCUGUCCAAAACAGCUUCCAAAACUUAAAUCAAUCUACAAUGCAGGGAAGCGCAACAGCCGGGCAGCAGAUCCACCUGUUGACAACAUAAAAAAUCCUCAUUUUCUUGUGCUGAUCUCAGAGAACUUUAUGGAGGCUCGUGCUGCAUUAAGUCGUCCUGGAGCUACAAGUUUGCCUUCUAAUCAAACACCUGCUAAAGUGGAUAUUGCUUCAGUCACUUCAGUAACUGGGCCACUUCCAGCUUCAAUUCCUUCAGUGAAUGGAUCUAUCACAAAUCGGCCGCCAAUUUCAGUUGGAAAUCUUCCAACUGCAACUGUGAAAGUCGAACCAAGUACUAUAACUUCUAUGGCAAAUGGAUCUGCUUUUCCUCAUAUUCCUUCUGUUCCACGCCCUUCAUCUCAAGUAGUUCCAAGCAUGCAGACUUCAUCACCAUCCACGACUACUCAAGAUAUGGCAACAAACGGUGAAAAUGCACAGGACUUGAAACCUAAUGUCAGUGUGACGACACAGUCUGCACGUUCUGCGCCUCCUGCUGCAGCUAAUGUGAACAUUCUGAACAAUCUUUCUCAAGCAAGGCAAGUGAUGAACUCUGCAGCCCUAAGUGGAGGAACUUCUAUUGGUCUCCCAUCAAUAAAUCAAACUUCUGUGGCUAUGCAUAUGUCAAGUAUGAUUUCAAGUGGAAUGGCGUCUUCUGUGCCUGCUGCUCAAACUGUGUUUUCAUCUGGGCAACCAGGUGUUUCUUCAAUAACAGGGUCAGGGAAUCUUACUGGGACAACACAAAUCACACCAAACUCUGGUCUGGGCUCAUUCACUUCCGCAACUUCUAACAUGCCUGGAAACUCAAACCUUGGGGGGAUUUCACAACCAAUGGGUAAUCUUCACGCGGGUGUUAGCAUCAGCCAAUCAGCAAUGAGUGGUCUGGGUGCAAACCCAAACACAAUAAGCGGUUCAGGAGCACAAAUGGUACAAAGUGGAAUGGGUGCAAACCCCAACACAAUGAGUGGUCUGGGUGCUUCAGGUGUCUCUUCUGGUUCAAACACAAUGAUUCCUACUCCAGGAAUGUCUCCACAAGUACAAUCUGGGAUGCAGCCUCUUGGUGCAAACAAUAACUCAGCAGCUAAUUUGCCAUUGUCACAACAGACAGCAGGGGGGUUGCAACCAACUCAAACGAAAUAUCUCAAAGUUUGGGAGGGAAGCUUGUCCGGGCAACGGCAAGGGCAGCCUGUCUUUAUCACUAGACUAGAAGGUUAUAGAAGUGCUUCGGCCUCGGAGACGCUUGCAGCAAACUGGCCGCCAACAAUGCAAAUAGUUCGGCUUAUAUCUCAGGAUCACAUGAAUAACAAGCAAUAUGUUGGAAAGGCUGAUUUUCUAGUAUUUCGGGCUGUGAAUCAACAUGGAUUUCUUGGACAACUCCAAGAGAAGAAGCUUUGUGCAGUAAUCCAGUUACCAUCUCAGACAUUGCUACUCUCUGUUUCUGACAAAGCCUGCCGCUUGAUAGGGAUGCUUUUUCCUGGGGAUAUGGUUGUGUUUAAGCCACAAAUAUCCAGUCAGCAGCAACAAAUGCAACAGCAGCAUCAACAACAGAUGCAACAACAACAACAUCCACAACUACAGCAGCUUCAACAUCAGCAGCAGCUUCCACAACUACAGCAGCAGCAACAGCUGUCACAGCUACAGCAGCAGCAGCAGCAGCUCUCACAGCUUCAACAGCAGCAGCCACAGCAGCUACCUCAAUUGCAGCUCUCACAGCUUCAACAGCAGCAGCUUCCACAAAUGCAGCAGCAGCAGCAGCAGCAAAAACAAUUGCAGCAGCAGCAGCAGCAACAAUUGCAGCAGCAGCAGCAAUUGCAGCAGCAGCAGCUUCAGCAAAUGCAGCAGCAGCAGCAGCAGCAAAUGGUUGGAACAGGAAUGGGUCAAACUUAUGUUCAAGGUCCAGGUCGUUCACAAUUAGUUUCUCAAGGACAAGUUUCUUCACAAGGGCCAGCAAGCAUGUCUGGAGGAGGCUUUAUGAGUCAAUAAUAAAAACUAGGAUUCUGUGGGAGCAGAAUGCACCUUUGUAAUUGAGAACGAUUCAAACACUCAUAUAGAUGCUCUGCGCAUUAAUAUAUUAUAAUAGUUCCUUGAUAAUGUUCGUGGUCAGACUUGCUUAGCUUCUACUUAACGUAAUGAUGCAAGUUUUCACACUAUAUAAGAAUGUAAUCAUUGCUAUAUAAGAUUUUAACUCGGAGCUCGUAUCUCCUGUUAUGUUUAUUCACCUUCCUUAAUAUUUCA